AUUUAUUUUGUGGGCUUGUUCCUGAAUGGUUUUUUGUUUAAAAAGUAUAUAAUUGCUAUUAUGAAAGCCAGCAAAACCAGAGUCCAUUCGCUCUCUUUUAUUGGAGCUCCAACAGUGGUUUUUAUUCUACCGGGAAUACUGGUCUAUGGAAAUGCCUGGGCAAAUCCGCAAGAUCAGGUUUAGGAGCGUAUUGUCUCCAGAACAAAGGAGGAAGGAUAUAUUCUCAAAACGGCCAACCUCCAGAUUUUGACCUAGGAAGAGACAGCUUUAGGAUAAACAAGGUUCCAGGUGCAUCUCAUUGUUUUAUCCGAGGGAACCACAAGACCGUCCCCACAGCUUUGCAGAUAAAAUUCAAGAAAAAACGUGAAAGGGGUGUUCCGCGGGCAGCGACUGGCCGGAGCCCAAGACGUGAGAAAGCAAAGGUCGAGCGACGGGAGGGCCGUGACGGUCAAUGUUGUUUGAGCAGGCGCCGCCCGAGGCUUUGGCGACCGCAGAGCCCAAGAUGCAGAAAACCGCCUACUACGACAACUCGACGCUUUUUGGGGCCUACGGCGGGAGCGGCAGCUACGGCAAAGCGGAUGCCUACGGCUACACCACAGGCCCGCCUCAGCCCUACCCUCAGCCCGCUCUGGAGACUGACUACUCCGGAUCGGCUUGUUCCCUCCAAGGCGCUGCCCCUAUCCGAGGAGCGUCGGCUGCCCACAAGAGCUCGGAGCUCAGCGGAAGCUGCAUGCGGCCCGGCGGGGGAAGCCAGGUGGUUCCUCAGCCGCCGCCAGGCCUGGGCGACCAACAGCCACCUCAGCAACAACCGCCGCCGCCCCCUACGCUGCCCUCUCCUUCCCCGCCUAACAAUGCCACCCACGCGGGGUCUGCCAAGAAGGGUAAAAACGGGCCUAAUUCUUCCAACGGCUCUCCGGCCACCAUUAGUAAGCAGAUCUUCCCCUGGAUGAAAGAAUCGCGGCAAAACUCCAAGCAGAAAAACAAUUGCCCGCCCGCAGGAGAGAAUUGUGAAGACAAGAGCCCGCCUGGCCCAGCUUCCAAGAGAGUCCGCACAGCCUAUACCAGCGCUCAGCUGGUGGAGCUGGAGAAAGAAUUCCACUUCAACCGCUAUCUCUGCCGUCCGCGCCGUGUGGAGAUGGCAAACCUUCUCAACCUGACUGAGCGUCAGAUCAAGAUCUGGUUUCAGAACCGGAGGAUGAAAUACAAAAAGGACCAGAAAGCCAAAGGGAUUAUGCACUCCCCAGUCGGCCAGUCUCCAGACCGAAGUCCACCCCUAAGUGGUCCGAGUCAUGUUGGCUAUACCAGCCAGUUGCCCAGUGUUGGGACCCUGAGCUACGACACUGCCCCAUCACCAACCUCCUUUGCCAAGUCGCAGCAAAAUCUGUAUGGCCUGGCUGCCUACACAGCUCCGCUCAGCAGCUGUUUGCCCCAGCAGAAAAGAUACCCUGGAGCUGAGUACGACCACCACACCAUGCAAAGUAAUGGGGGUGGUUUUGCCAACCCUAGUUUGCAGGGUAGCCCUGUCUACGUUGGAGGGAACUUCGUGGAUUCCAUGCCAGCCUCUGGCCCGAUGUUCAACAUCAGCCAUCUCUCUCACCCUUCCUCUGCUAGCGUGGACUACAGUUGCGCGGCUCAGAUCCCCGGCAACCAUCAUCAUGGACCUUGUGACCCCCACCCCACCUACACAGAUCUCACUUCUCAUCACACAUCUCAGGGAAGGAUUCAGGAAGCCCCCAAACUAACACAUCUGUAGUAAAAUGGAACAUAUGGAGAGAAAGAGAGGGAGAAAGGGGGAAAGAGAAAAGAAAGAAAAAGAAAGAAAAAAGGAAUGAAAGAAAGAAAGAAAGAGAAAGAUCCUCAUGUUUCAAUUACCUCACUUUUUCCUGAUAAUUAUUUUUCAGAAUCCUGAGUGUUGGUGGAUUGUGUGUAUGCGUGUGUGU